AUGGCUAUUUUGGACAGUCACAAUGUUCCUGCUUUAGCUUUUGGCUUAUUAGGUAACGUCAUUUCCUUCCUGGUGUACAUGGCACCCCUGCCAACUUUUUACCGAAUAUGCAAAAGGAAAUCGACGGAAGGUUUCCAAUCACUGCCUUACCUGGUCGCAUUAUUCAGUUCCAUGCUUUGGCUAUACUAUGCAUUACUCAAGCCAGCUGAUUCUACCCUUCUCAUUACCAUUAACUCAUUCGGAUGUGUCAUUGAGAUUAUUUACAUUGCCAUCUACAUAAUCUAUGCAACCAGGGAUGCCAGGAGAAUAACCGUUAAACUAUUUAUGGUGAUGAACGUCGGGUCUUUCGCCUCGAUCUUCCUCAUCACCUACUUUGCUAUGCAAGGUUCCCUCCGCGUCCAAGUCCUUGGAUGGAUUUGUGUAUCUAUUGCAGUAAGUGUGUUUGCAGCACCUCUAAGCAUUGUGGCACAGGUUAUUAGAACAAAGAGUGUGGAGUUUAUGCCCUUUUAUUUGUCACUUGCCCUCACGCUGAGUGCCAUAACGUGGUUUGCCUAUGGUUUCAUACUCAAGGACAUAUGCAUUGCUAUUCCAAAUGUGUUGGGUUUCAUAAUGGGAUUACUUCAGAUGCUGCUAUACGGCAUUUACAAGAAUAGUGGAAAUAAAAAUAAAGCCGUAGUUACAAAAGAGGAGAAAGAACUAGAGCCAAUGAGAGACAUUGUUGUGGUGAACACGUUGGGAACGUGUGAGGUGUACCCAAUUCCAGUUAUCGGUGAUGUGAAUGAACAAGGAAAGGAAGUUGCAGAAGAUAAGGAGAAAACGGCGGAAAUCAAGGAAAGCCCAGCGUGA